AUGUCCAUCGCCAAGACAGUCCUUCACAAGUUUGUUGGCUACCUGGAGGCGCAGGCCUCGGAGCUGAUCUGGAAACCUCGGUGCUCCGCGACGAUCGCGUGGGAACAAAGCCAGGGCAUCUCUGCCAAGGACAAGACAUCCAAGUACACAGGCCCCCGAGGUGACUGGAGUCAAGGAUACGGUUACAUUACGCACGAUGGUUUCUCGACAAUUGUUGCGCAGAGCCAGGUUCUGGACCGGACUGCGACUGGUGGAUGGUGCACUGAAGAGUUUGGUCUGUAG